AAAAAAAAAAAAAAAUGGAGGGUUGGGACCCGAACACGAAGUCGACGCUAACCCAGAUCCCACUGUUGACGACGAAGGCCGGGCCGAGAGAUGGGGCGGCAUGGACGCAGAGGCUGAAGGAGGAGUACAAGGCUUUGAUCGCCUACACCCAGAUGAACAAGUCCAACGAUAACGAUUGGUUCCGAAUCUCCGCGGACAAUCCCGAGGGGACACGUUGGACCGGCAAGUGCUGGUACGUCCACAACCUCCUCAAGUACGAGUUCGAUCUCCAGUUCGAUAUCCCUGUCACCUACCCUGCUACCGCACCUGAGCUCGAGCUCCCUGAGCUCGAUGGCAAGACCCAAAAGAUGUAUAGAGGGGGGAAGAUCUGCUUGACAGUGCAUUUCAAGCCGCUUUGGGCCAAGAACUGUCCGAGGUUUGGUAUAGCACAUGCACUAUGUUUGGGUCUUGCACCAUGGCUUGCAGCAGAGAUUCCCAUUCUUGUGGAUUCUGGUAUGGUUAAGCACAAAGAUGAUGCUGCAUCAUCAGCUGAAUCUUAGUAAAAUGUAAUAUUGGUGCUGUAAGAGUAAACCUCGAUGACGGAAAAUAAGUGUUGAGCCAUAAGUAGCAAUUUACCGGAACCGAGGCAUAUAUUUUAUCUGCAGAGAAAUACAUUUUUGAGAUCAAAUACAUACUCUUGAAGCCAUUUUCAUUUUUAGCUUUGAAAUGCAUACAUGCACAUUGUAAGAUAUGAAUUCACACCCCUUUCUUUUUUCUUAUUUCAAAAUUUUUUUUUUCAGCUUCUUUUCUGUUGAUAUGUUCUUGUGCUUCUUGUGUUUUUUGCAAAAUUGUUUGUGUUCUAUGGUUGAAGUGGUAACUCAUGAUGCUCGAGUUAGGCUUCAAUUAUGCACUUGCACCUUCUUGCAUCCAGAGACAAAUUCGAUGUCUCUUAUACUCCAAAUUUUGUAUGUGGGCUCAAAAGAAUUGAGCUGAUGAGUGUAUGUGACCAGAUCUGGUUUCUUGGGUAUAA